AUGGAAGCCGAUCUGCCGGAACUGCUGUUUUUCGAUACGUUCUCUCAUGACACGUACGAGCAAAACCUGGACCUAGUGCAGUUUCCGAAGCCCGUGUUUAUCACGGAAGUGCGCAUCAUCCCGCUGGGAGCCCGUGUCCAUGCCGACUUCCCGGGUGGCGUCCGUUUGGGCGCAACCAACCCGUCCAACUUCAACAUCGAGCUGUUUGUGAACGACCUCGGCAAGCCGGGGGCGCCCAUUUUCGAGAGCCUGGGCGAACUGGAGUACAACCAGAACAAUUGCAUCCAUCUGCAGUGCAGCGGCGGGCUGGGGGACGAUUUCGUGCGUCGUAUCCCCACAGACGGGCUGGUGCUGAAGGGAUGGUACACGACCAUGACGCUUGCCGUCUAUGGCAUUCUCACGACGAGCAUUGCGGAACCGAUCGUGUCCCCACGGGAGACCACACCGCAACCGAAUGAGAUGCUGGCCGUGCACGAUCACCUUCACCAUCACCAUCAUAUGCACGCGGGCGGUGGCAUGAUGGUGAUGGGAGGCAACGGAGGUGGUAUUGCGGAACCACCGUGUGGUGGUGAUUGGAUACAGGAACCACAGGUGUUGGUGGUGCCCCCGGCGGAGCAGGUGUUCGUGCAGAAGGAGUACCCGGAGGACGACAGCGAGGACGCGCCGAAGGAUCCGCGGCCGUAUGCGAGACGGGUGGCUGCUGCGGCGGCGGCAGCCGUUGUCACGACCGUUCCGCCCAGUGCUGCUAGUCCACCGGAACCGAUCUACGAACCACUCGAGGCGGGCAAGAUCCUGCCCGGCGAGUGUGAUCCGCUGCCGGAGAAACGCUCCAAAUGCCACACGGGGGGUUUGGGGUCUGCGCGCUCGGUUGAACAGCUGCAUCAACAACAGCAGCAACCGCAGCAACAACAACAGCAGCCGCAGUACGCCUACGAACCAUCGCCUCGAGCCCGACGCCAUAGCAGCCGGGAAGAGUUUUCAUCCCGUUCGCCAAGCCUCUGUAAGGACUAUAGCCCAAUGGCGGCGGUGUCGGGCAAACAGCAGCAACAGCACGUUCGAGAUCAAUGGUCGCGCAGCCCGGAGUAUAUUGAACAAUCGAGCUCGCAUGCGCCACCGCUUCCACCGCCACCAUCGUCUUCAUCAUCUCACCGGACGUCUCGACGACUACGCAGUGGAUCAUACGAGCGUUUACGUCGUGAGUCGUCCUUCGAGCGGCUGGAGAAGGAAGAUCGACGACGACCACGUUCACCGCUCGAUUCACCACGCCGUCCGCGCUCCCCGGACCGGAAUGAAUCAUCCCCGGAGGAGGAAGAGGACGACGAAGAUGAUGAUGAUAUCGAGAUGGAUGGUAGCUUCCAUCGUUCGAAUGGCAGCGGAGUAAGCGUGUCGAAAUACAGCGCCAGUAAGCGAAGCGGCAACAAAUUGCACAUGGAACCGGCGGUUGUCGAAUGUGGGCGGCAACAGUUGCAACAAUCGAUCAAACAACACUCGUCCUCCAGCAGUAGCUGUCGAUCCUCACACUCGGGCCAUCAUCUGCCGCAUUCACACCACCACCAUCAACAUGUGCAUGCACAUCAACACCAACAUCAACAUUCAAGCCAGCAUCAACUCCCGUCGCAGCACCAUCAACAAUUGCAGCAGCAACAGCAGCAACAUCACCACCAUCAUCAUCACCAUCAUCAUCAUCAUCAUCACUCGCAGCAGCAGCAACAACAAUUGUCGGAACGAGGAGCGGUGUCUCCGCCGUUACCACCACCGACCUGCGAUUCGUCCGUCUCCGUGACACCGGUUGCCUCCCCAACGUUGAUGGCCCCGUUGAUAUCCGCUGCGGACGAGGAUGCGCUUUCUGCGACGGAACAAUUCGAACCCAUCCUAAGCGACGAGGAGAUCCCGGAGGAUUUCGAUUACGACAUGGACGGGUACGAGACGUUAGACGAUUGCUGUCCAAAACCCUUCAAUCCGUUCACAGCCGAACUGGUCCGGUUCGAGUGGCCGGGAGAUGACCCGAGCCGCGUUUUAGGUGCUAGCGAACAGAAGCUUUUACGCACAAUCGAACAGCUGCUCGGUCAGGAGCGCUACGGCCGGGCGGCAACGGCCAACUUCGAGCGUGAAGGUGCCGAAUGGAAGGAACGGUUUGUCGACUACACCGAACAGCUGGUCCACUUGUUUAGCCAACUGCUUGCGAAGGACGAUGCACGUGAUGUGCUGCAGCAGAUGCUCGAGCGGUGGUUAAAUGCUGGCUGGCCAGGAGCCAUCGAUCGGCUCGUCAAUUGCGUCCGGCUAGGGUUAGACUUCGAGCGUGCGAUGGUACAGCCGCAACCGGCAUUUAAACUGCGCCACAUGAAGAGUGGCAUCCGGUUGGCGGAGUUCCUUGGCCCGCACGAGUGCUUCAUACGGCUCGUGCUUGCGCAGGACGACUUCAAUUUGUUCGAUCGGCUGCUCGGGUUGUACUCGCAACCCUACAUGGCCCUCUCGAUCAAGCUCAUGAUCAUCCGGUCGAUCUACGCCUGUUUGGACACGCGGUACGCGAUUCACUACUUCCUCUCGCCAUCGUACAACGGCUACCAGAUACUCCUCGAUCUGCUGCAGGAAAACCCAUCCACGCGCAUCAGUUUCGCGCUCAAAUCGCUGCUGCGCAAGAUCACGCUGUACGAGAACCUCGAGCUAAUCCAUGUUACCGUGAAGGAGUUGUACGUGCUGCGAGGAACCGAUCCCGAUGACGAUGCUGCGAAGCACGUAGAUACGAAGCAUGCGGGAGCGAUGGUAGACCUCUUGCGGAGCUGUCUGACCGAGCUAACCGGCUCGGUUUCACUGCACGAGGUGUCACUGUCGCAACCGAAACGAUUCCUUCCCGUGUCGGCCAAGUUUGAGAUCCACAAGGACAUCGCUUCGUCGUUGAACGUCAACCGUACGGUUGUGCAGUUCUUCAAGAUCCAUCGGUUGGUGGAAUCGCUCAUUCUGCUGCUUGAUAUGCGCGUCACCGAGCCCGCAAUCUGUGAGUUGAUAUACAAUUUGCUGGCCUGUCUGCUGAAGAGUAUGCCCAGACUGCGCUACCUGAUCGACACCAUGCCGUACACGAACUUACUGCUGCGAUGGCUGUUCCAACAUCUUCCAGCAGUGCCUUCCACGAGCGUAGGGGAAAGUUCUUCCCUUACAGUCAUGCCUCACCCCGAUGAGAUGCUUCUUAUUGAAUUGACCCGGCCACAGCUGCUCGGAAUGGAGCUGGCGUACAAGCUGCAGACAAUUUACCAUCUAGACGCGCUAGCCAGCACCGGGUUGGUGUUACACCGAGGUGCUACUGGUUGUGCCACUGCGUCCACACCGGCCACUACCGCCGUCAGCAACGACGAGCUCGAACAGGAGCGGGACCGCCUGGUGGACAAUUUACAGGCGUUAUACCAGCUGGCAUGUGGUACCGGGAAGCGGCACGUCAUCGAAGUGCUCUGUAUGGACGACAAUCUAGCACUGCUGCUGGGUUUGAUCGAGGCCGAGAAGCGUACACUUUCCAAGGACGAAGGAAGCCGCUCGCCAAGCGCAUCCUCCGCGAGCGCAGUGGCCACGAAGCACAAAUCACCCAUUCUAGGUUACUGCGUUGAUCUCGUGGAUAGUACCGUACGGCAUGGCGAAGCCGUCGGUUUUCUGGCUCAACACGGGUCAGCCCUGCUAGCGCUGGUGAAGCAACACGAGCAGUUUGAGCCGGUUGUCAGCAGCACGUUGCAGGAGCUCGCGGUGUACCUGAAACCGCUCGAGCUGCACGACCUGUUCGCGUAUGUCGACAUCGGCCCGUUGGUGGAGUUGAUGCGGCGCAGCCUCGAGUAUGUGACAUCAUUCCCGGGAGAUCUGAUUACGGCACUACGAUUGGUCCGGCUGCUGGGUAUCCCACCGUACGACGAUUACGAGCAACCGGGUGGACACGCUGAGUUCAAGUACAAGUACACACUGCUGCAGUUUUACUCGGCCGAUGGGCAGGCCUUGCUGCUUGCGAUUCUCGACAAGUUGACGCAUUAUUUCGAUCAACCCGCGAUUCAUGCGUCCAGCUUGGCGAGCCAACAGGGCGUGUUGCUGACGCAGCUGCUGUGUCCACUCGUCUACAUCCUGCGCAAACUCGUCACAUACCUCAUCGAAUGUCGGAACACGGAGUUCCGUGAUCUGACGCUGAUCGAGCCGCUGUUGCGUACGUACGCGUUGAUGCAGUGUGUUCCGAUGGGAGCCCCAGCAGGGCCGGAUGCGCGUCAGAUCCAGCGCGAAACGGUGCGUAUUUUGCUCGCUUACACCCAACCGACACCGGUCGAAGGUCUCGACACGAACAACGUCCACCGGAGCCUGUGGACGCAGAUGGCGGGUGAAUUGGUACGGUUCACACUCGCCGGGCCCAACUACUUCGUACCCGGCCUGCUGGUGUUGUCGGAAUUGUUACCAUUGCCGCUGCCCAUUCACUGCCGCGAAUCGCUAUCAGCCGCCGAAGUGGCCCGGCUCAUCCAGGAACGGCAGCUUUGGUCUGCCCAUUUGCAUCCGCAGAGCCCAGCCCUAGGGGAACUCAUCCAGACACUCUGUACGUCCAGUUACGCACCAUUGCUCGUGGUUCUGAGCCGUGUGUGUUUGCAACUAUCGGAUCUAGCACCCAACAUGACGCUGCUUGUCUCGAAAUCCCUCGCUGAGCUGGUCGUGCAUGAACCACUGCUACCGGGUGGAUUGGCCAGCACGAGUCACGCUCGUUUGCUCAGCUUCCUAGCGUCGCUUGUGUGCCACGCAUCCGUUAAGAUAUCGGUGAUCUCGAUACUACCGGGUCGUAUUAUGGACAUGCUGCUGGGCGUGUUGCUUGAUCCGGGUCAAACACCGGCCCAUCAGCAAACGCAGGAGCACAUCUAUCUCGCGUUCCAGAGCCUGUUCGAUGCUGAGAUAGCGCUCAUGCUUGGGGAUGGCAUCGAUCCGGCGCUUCAGUUGGCGUGUUCACUUCCACCUAAGGACAUCGCGGACGCGUUUUGUUCCGCUUGUGCGGAGAAUGUGAGCUGUGAGGAUAUCAGUGCUGGUGUCCUGAUGGCAGCCCUAAGGACGAUGGUGCUGCUCACGGAACAUGACACAACGUACGUCGCGCUGAUGAUGAAUCUGAUGCGAAAACGCGACGGCUGGUGUGCAGUGACGCGUAAGUUCCUGCGUAAAGCAAAAGACGCUCCGGAUGGUGUGCGGGCACUCUUCACGCUGUUGUGCGAUUUUUGGCGCUCACUCACGACGAUCGAACCGCAGGGUGGUUUGAAUUUUCCCAAGCGUACGAUUAAGCUGCCGGUGGCGCAACUUGGUCAGUUGAUGCCGCUGUAUGACGGUGUGGAUGAUUUACGGGCUGUGCUGGCGCUUCUCGAGGAGCUGAUGGUACUGUUCAAGGCUGAUCGGAAGCUGCAGAAAGCGAAAUCGGAACCCAUCCCGGAGGAUAAUGAACCAUCUAGUGGUGUGAAGCCAGACUCGUUGGUGGCGCCGGUUCCUGCCACCGACAGCUUAGAGGACAACCUUAGCUUCCUGCAUGAUCAGGUGUUGGAGGUGAUUGCGGCCGGUAGCGAACCGGCGGGACCAUCCAUCGAUUGGAGCACCGUAUCCGUUGAUCCGUUGCCACAAGCCGAAGGCAUCGUGACGCAAUACGGUUCACGUAGCGUGUAUCUGCUGAGUGAGGCGUGUGAAGACCAGCUGAAGGUGACCGAUUGGCUCGGAUUUUCGCCUUGCGACGAUGAUCUCGAGCGAGAACAGAUUCCCUGUGACUUGCAGGACCUCGCCAAGGUGUGCUUGGCCGGAGACACCAACCUAACGGCCGAUUGCAAGCGACUAUUGCACCUGUCAGCUUCACCUCACUCUAAUCGGGACCGUUUAACAACUGCACCGUGCUUCCGGACGCGUCGGGUUGAAGUUGAACCAAGCACAGGACGGCCGGAGAAGAAAAUUUUUGCAACACCAUUACGAGGACGUGGAUUUUCACGAGCACCCACCACACGCGGUGAUCUGUUCCGUUCCCGGCCUCCCAACACCUCGCGCCCACCCUCACUGCACGUUGACGAUUUUCUUGCACUGGAAACAUGCGGCGCACAGCCGACGGGACCUACGGGCUACAAUAAGCUAUCACGUGACAUCAUCACGAUCCGUGGCACGAAUCGGAGCCGUGGCAGAAACUACCCUGACCGGGGUCGACCCGGUGGUGGCGGUGGAAGUAGCUCGAGUGGUGGUGGAGGAGGUGGCGGAGGCGGUGGUGGUGGAGGUUCCGGUGGCAGUGGCGGAGGAGGAGGCCACUGGCAGAGUAGUGCGGGUGGUGGUGGCGGUGGUGGUAGUGGAGGAGGAGGAGGAGGCGGUGGUGGAGGUGGUGGUGCGGGCUGUUGGUCGUCGUCAGGUGCAUCCCAGCUGCACGAUGGUGUUGGUGGCAGUGGUUCCGGUGGCAAACACUUUGGGCACGGUGGUGGCGGAGGUGGUAGUGGAGGAGGACAUUACAGAGAGCCACCGGCGCAUUUUGGCGGUUCGCAGAGACCACGUUCCGGACGAGGAUUUAACCGGUACAGCAGCCGGAUUUACGCACGUCAGAUCUAGUAGGAAAUCCCCGUGCCGGGACAACGCCGCCGGUUCGGGGCCAUACGUAAGCGACUUUUUUAAAACGAUGUGUGCGCUAUAGGUUAAGGAAUCAACUGAUUACUUUUUAAAAUAUUCACUUACACUCUCCUAUAUAUCGCUCUUUACAAUAGACUUCACAAAAAGCUCGCUCAGCU